AUGAAAUUUUUCACAAGGAAGCAGCCUGUGGAAGAGGAGCAGAAGCUUAUUGGCCAUCUUGAUUGUCUCACUGAGGAACAACAAGACACUCUUGAGGUCCUGAAAAAGUAUAUCCAAGAAGAAGGAAUAACUACUUCUGAUAGAUAUACCGACCAAUAUCUGCUCAGGUUCUGCAGAGCAAGAGAAUUCGUACUUGAUGAAGUAAAAUUAAUGUUUAAGGAAUUUAUUGAAUGGAGAGAUCUCAGAGAAGUUGACGACUGCUUUCUUCUUUAUGAUGUAUCUAAUAUUGCAGAUGUUAAGAAAUUUUAUAAACAUGGUUUCCAUGGAACAGAUAAAAGUGGUAGACCUUUGUACCUUGAUUGUCCUUGAACAGCAGCUCCCAUAGAGGACCUCCUAAAAGUUGCUGAUAAAACUGAAAUGACAAGGAAUUAUAUCCAACAGUUUGAAUAUCUUUUACAUGUACGUCUCCCAGCAUGCUCAGAAGCAUCUGGGAAGCUAAUCGAUCAAGUGACUUCGGUAGUAGACUUAAAUGGCUUAAAGAUUGCAAUGUUUAAGUAAAAGCAGUAGGGAACUCAUCAAGAUUCCAAUGGGGAUUACUCAGAAAAACUACCCGGAGGUUAUGCACUCUUUGUUUUUCAUCAAUUCUCCUAUGUCUUUCAAAGCCAUAUGGUGAGUCUUGAAGCCAUUUAUUCCUGAAAAGACUAAGAAAAAAGUCACAAUUUUAAGACCCAAAUGUCAAGAAGAACUUUUUGAAUAUGUUGAUGAGGAGAAUCUACCAAUCGAGUUCGGAGGUCAAUGAACCUGAGAAGAAUAUGAUGGAGACUGAUUCGAAUCUGAUCGAGGCCCAUGGAAGGAAUUUCCAGGUGAUAAAUAUGGGGAAGAAUAUAAGAAGCAGAUUGCUGCUCAUCAUUAAAAGGUGAUGGACUAGAAUUAAACUAAAGAAC